UUGCAUUGAAACAUUAUCUUGAUGAUCCUUAGAUAAAGAAACCCCCAUGGAGGAUGAUGUUCCGAUGAACGAAGACAGCGAUACAAGUGAUGUACUCUACGUCUCAUCUGAUGAUGUCGUUACUCCGGAUGAAGAUGUAAAUAUUGUGAUCCCUGGUCCUCCACAUCUUGCUCCAGAUGUUCCUGUCCCUCUUAAUGCUCCUGCUUCUGAUCCUGCUCAAGAAGAUGUCAAUAUUGUGAUCCCUGAAGAUCAUCCUCCUGCUCCAGAGCAAGAAGAUGUUGGUACAGACGAAGUUGCAAGAGAUCAGGAGGAACAAAAUCUUGAUGAGACAAGUUCUCCAUUCACUCUUCGUCUUAGUGAGUCUUCCAGUGACAUAAGCAAACCCGUUUCAGAUGAAAAAGAAGAAGAGAAAGAAGAUGAUAUUAAACUCUUUGUUUCCUCUGAUAAUGAGAGCAAUUUCUCGGAUGCAAGCCUCCAGAUCUCAGAAGAUGAGGAUCCUCUGUUCCAGAGCUCAUUGAUCCGACUGAAUAACGAAGAGAGCAACAUCCAAUCCUCUAAUGAUCAUCUUCCCCCACAUCAAUUAAAAGAUGAGGAGCCUCCUAAGGAGGAGACAGGAGACCCUCCUUCUGCUGAUGAUGGUGAUCUUCAUCAUGUCUUUCUUGCUCCUCAAGAAGAGGACACACAAGCGGAGCAUGUAGAGAUACACGACAUGAUUGAAGAGGAAAUUGUGUCCAAUCCUCCAGAUGAAGAAAGAUCGGAAGAAGUCAUCUUACCAAGCUCUGAGACUUGGAAAGAGACGGACAUCAUCGGCGAAACUUCUCUCAUCUUCUCCAUGCAACCUCCUCAUCCAGGAGGAAAUGAUUCCGAGACUCCAUUGGAACCAAUUACCGAUAUUUCAUCCGAAACUGAAAUUUCUAAAACUUCAUCCAAAAAUCCGAUUUCUGUGACUUCAUCCGAGAAUUCAAUAUCCAGGGUUUUAUCAGAACGUACAGUUUCUGGAACUUCAUCUCAACCCUCAAUUUCUCUGGAUGUCAAAUCCACUGAGGCCGCCAACAUUACUUCAGAUGAGGAUCAGCAGAUGAUCUCUGAUGCGGAUCAUAGUUAUGCCAAGGUGGAAUCCUCAUCGGAAGGGUUCGGAGCAAAAGAAACGACCCUCUCCGAUCCUGGGGUCGGUGGGAAAGAUGAGAAAAUAGAAGUUGUUGUUUUAAGUCAAGAACCAACCAUACCCUGUGUAAAGUCGGUUUUGCCGAAGCCCGACCUCGAACCCAAGCCAGCCCCAAAAACCCCCAAAAUAUUAAAAGAACCCGUUUUCAUUCUCUCACCCCCAACUACAAGAAGCAGAAGACAAAGGCAAACAGAAACUCCAAAAUCUGUGAAGAAACCGAGCACGUCGCCCAUGUCGCUGCGUAAUACUUCGCAAGCAAAAACUCCUCACCAAAACGAUCUUCCUUUUGUCUUCUCUCCUCCAACUACAAGAGAAAAAUCGCGGAGGAAGAGAAUCCAUCUGGAGGAUCAAGAAACCACUCCCAGUAAAACGAGAAGAGUUGAGAGUCCUCCAGGUGAUGAAAAGAUCAAAACCAAACCCCCAAUUCCAACUUCCUCGAGGAAAGUAAGAAAAUCAACCGGAAGAAAUUCUAAAACACCAACAAGAUCAAGCGCAAGGGUUAAGUUGUUAAAAGUCACCACAAGUGAGGAUGAAGAAUUACAUGAAGGAUCUCCUCCACAAAGUAAGAAAUCACCCGUGUUGACUCCAAGUAGAAUUCUAAGAGGAAGGAAACCUAGCAAAGAAAUCCUGGAAGAAAAUCCUAUAUCAGUUUCGAAGACUCCAUCCAGAAGAGGAGCAAAGAGUCAAACCACCGACAUCCAACCUCCAGAUGAAGAUCAACCUGUCGUUAAAAACACUUCUUCUCGCCGAAAACGGGAGAGCGUUAUUCCCGAAAAAAUCCCGGCACAUUCUGAGCCUCCUUUGGUGACGAGGACUUCUUCACGGAGGCGGACGACGGUUUCAAAAGAUUCCUCAGAUGAAGUGCCUACAGUUGGGAGGACUUCGUCGCGAAGGAGGCACACGAGAGUCGUCGACUUUCCAGGGGAGGAGCCCGCAUCCGUGUCGCGAUCCCGGAGAAAAAAGGGAGUGUCAUCAGAUGAGAGUGAGGUGGUGGGUAAGACAUCGAAGCCAAGAGUUUCACCAAAAGAUGAGGAAAUUCAUCUUUUUGAGUUGCCGGAAAAACCAGAGACUCCAGCUCAAAGUAGUCAGAAAUCGAAAAAGGUUUGUUCGUGUUGAAGAUUAGUGUAGAGUU